AAAUUAUCCAAUUUUCAUAUGAGCGCUUUCUAAGAAAUUCUAUCCCAGCACUAACUCCUUUAUAUGGUAGCCCCGGAAUUUUUGGUUUUUUUCAAAGUGAACUUUGACCUGAAGUAGACAGACAUGCAUCGACAGAUCAGUUUGAUCCAGCUCAAGCAUGGGCUUCAACGACAGCAUCAGCCUAGACCUCUCCAAAUUUAUCUUGGUUCAAUAUUUUACCAACACCAGCAGCACCGCCACCUCCAUCAUCAGCGUACUGAAGCUUCAACUCACAAUAACAGUUAUUAUGACUUUGACGUUAUUGUUGUAGGAGGAGGUCAUGCUGGCACUGAGGCCUGUACAGCUGCAGCACGAUCCGGUGCCAGAACCCUAUUACUGACACAGAACAAAGAUACUAUUGGAGAAAUGUCUUGUAAUCCAUCUUUUGGUGGCGUAGGUAAAGGGAUCUUGGUCAGAGAAAUAGAUGCCUUGGACGGUGUUUGUGGUCGAAUCUCAGAUCUUGCCGGUAUUCAGUUCAAAGUAUUGAAUAAAUCCAGGGGUCCAGCUGUCUAUGGCCCGAGAGCACAAAUUGAUCGGAAGCUGUACAAAAAGCAUAUGCAGGAAUAUCUCAACCACUAUCCAAAUCUGACAAUCCAGGCGGGCAGUGUUGCCAAUUUAAUUUUAAAUGAAGAAAUGACAGAGGAGGAUUACCGAAGAAUAACUGAAAAAGGUGCAGCACAGAUAGUAAAAGGUGUGAAACUAGAUAACGGGCAAAAUAUUAGAGCACCGAAUGUAAUUAUCACAACAGGGACAUUUUUAGGUGGCGAAAUUCAUUUGGGAUUAAAAGCAUGGCCCGCUGGAAGAUUAGGUGAGAACCCUUCAAUAGGGUUAUCCAAAUCAUUACGGUCUGCUGGUUUUAAAUUAGGACGUCUAAAGACAGGUACACCGGCAAGAUUGGAUGGCCGAACAAUCAAUUAUGAGGGCCUGCUGAUACAAGAAGGUGACAAGCCACCGUCUCCUUUUUCUUAUCUUCACAAAACUGUCCCUCAUGCCGAUAAUCAAAUCAAUUGCUUUCAAACAAGGACCAACGAGCAAGUACACAAGUAUAUAAUUGAUCAUUUUCAUGAGAGUAUUCAUAUCAGAGAAACAGUGAAAGGACCACGCUAUUGCCCUUCUUUGGAAAGUAAAAUACAGCGAUUCACUUCAAAAAGCUCCCAUAAUAUUUGGCUAGAACCUGAAGGCCUUGAUACCCCUAUUGUAUACCCAAAUGGUAUCUCCAAUACUAUGCCCGAAGAUGUUCAGCUGAAUUUUUUGAGAAUGAUCCGUGGUUUGGAAAAUGUGGAAAUGGUACGACCCGCCUAUGGUGUUGAAUAUGACUAUAUUGAUCCAAGGGAACUGAGAACAACACUAGAGACCAAACGUAUUCAUGGUCUCUUUCUAGCGGGGCAAAUUAAUGGCACAACAGGCUAUGAGGAAGCUGCUGCUCAGGGUAUUAUAGCAGGUAUCAAUGCUGGAUUACAAGCACAAGGGAAACCACCCUUUGUUUUGGAUAGAGCAGAUGCCUACAUUGGUGUUCUCAUUGACGAUUUAAUCACAAAAGGCGCAGAAGAGCCCUAUCGUGUCUUCACGGCUCGGUCGGAAUACCGCUUACUAUUGCGCGCAGACAACGCAGAUAGUCGAUUAACAGAAAAGGGCUAUCAUGCUGGUGUUGUAGGUACAGAAAGAUGGGAACUCUUCAAAACUACAUCAAACACGCUUCAGCACGCUUUGACUUGUUUAGAAAAUACAAAGAUGACAGCAAAACGUUGGGCUGAUUAUAAUAUUAGGCCAUCAUCCCGUGCACCCACAGCUGAUUUGAAGGAUGCGGGCAAUUUAAGGAGGUAAAAUGUGAAUGAAUGGCUGUGACAUGGAAUGAUAGAAUGAAUGGAAGGAAACUCAUGCACUUUAUUACUACAGCGCUUUGGAUAUUCUGUACUGGCCAGAUAUAACUUUGGACCAUUUCAACGAAAUCAUACCUUUCCUUAAAGAUCUUGAUCCUUCUAUCAAAGACCGUAUGUCAAUCGAGGGACGCUACAAACCAUAUUUGAAAAUACAAGCUAAACAAAUUGCAAAACUAAAAAAAGACGAGCACUUGAAGUUGGAUAUCAAUCUUGACUAUGCAAAGUAAGUGCUUUCUUUUCAUACUUACCCAUGCCUCAUGGAACAGCUGUCAAGCGAGA